AUGCCUCUCACUCAAGCAGAAAGUGUUAUAAAGAAUAUCAUACGAGAAAUAGGACAAGAAUGUGCAGCUCAUGGAGAGAUUGUUUCUGAAACUCUGGUUGCUUUUAUGGUGAAAGCUGUUGUCCUGGAUCCAAGUAAUGGCUUUAACAUGGAUAGAACCCUCAUGAAAAGUGAUGUGCAGAAACUUGUUAAGCUUUGUGUGGCUCGACUACUGGAUAAUAAAAAUCCAUCUUUAGACACCAUUAAGAUGCAAGUCUACUUUGAUAUGAAUUACACAAGUCGAGAGGAAUUUCUUGAAGAACAUCACCGGGUCCUGGAGUCUAGAUUAGGCUCUGUUAGCAGAGAAAUUACAGAUAAUAGAGCAUGUGCUAGAGAAGAAUUGGAAAGCCUUUAUAGGAAGAUUGUCAGCUAUGUGUUGCUACGCUCUGGGCUUGGAUCCCCUACAGACAUCAAGAUUGUCAGAGAGGCAACAGCUGCACUACAGAGUGUUUUUCCUCAUUCUGAACUGGGGACAUUUCUGACUCUUACUAAAAAGGACAAAGAACGCCAGCUGAAAGAACUCACUAUGAUUGUUUCUGGAAUUCGCUUAUUUAACAGAGACUGUGGAAAAGGAGGAGAAGGCAUUGAUGAUUUGCCAGCUAUUCUACAUGAAGCAAUCCCAGCCACCACUCAGCAUAUUGAUUCCCAACUUCAGAUUGCCCAGGACCAGGUAUAUCGCUACACAGCCAUCCUUGAGAAGGUAACAAAGAACCCACUCAUGAGUAAAGAACUCGAGCCAUAUAUGUUAAAGGAGGCAUUGUAUAAUGUACGACAAUAUGAGAUCUUCCUUCAGAUCAUUUUGUCAGAUAUAAUUACUUGUGCCCAAGAAGUGGAAAUUAUGAUAAAACAGUUAGGAGCCCAAUUGGAACUUUUAAAAUCCACUGUAAAAUCAAGAACAGCUAUCCCAACAUCACAAGUCUUUCCCAUCUUCAUUUCACUGGCCAGUCUGUGGACUAGCUUUCAGGAUGAAACUGUUUUGAUUAGCGUCCUCAGUAGUUUAACCAGUCACCUGGAGCCAUUUCUGGGUGCUCAUGAACUUCUUUUUCCUGACAGAAUAAUGCAAGGUCUUCUUGAUGAUGUGACAGUGAAAACAGAUGUGUGUAGAAUAAAAGAACAUAUGGAAGAUAGAGUACGUUUGACAGACUUCAAAAAACUGGAAUGGCUUUUCCCAGAAACAACAGCAAAUUUUGAAAAGUUAUUAAUUCAGUAUCGGGGAUUUUGUGGUUACACAUUUGCUACAACAGAUGGUCUUCUCCUUCCAGGAAAUCCAACAAUUGGAAUUUUGAAAUAUAAAGAGAAGUAUUACACAUUCAAUACUAGAGAAGCUGCAUAUUCAUUUGCAGAAAAUCCUGAAUAUUAUAUUGGUUUAAUUAAAGAAAAGGCCAAAAAAAAUGCAGAGUUAAUUCAGCUCCUGGAACUUCAUCAACAGUUUGAAACACUUGUUCCAUAUUCUCAGGUGAGAGAUGUUGACAAACAUUAUAUAAAACCAAUUACGAAGUGUGAAAGUAGUACACAGACAGAUACACAUAUACUGCCACCAACAAUUGUGAGAGCAUAUGAAUGGAAUGAAUGGGAAUUAAGAAGAAAAGCUAUAAAAUUGGCCAAUUUGCGUCAGAAAAUUACUCACUCAGUACAAACUGAUCUUAGUCACAUGAGAAGAGAAAAUUGCUCACAGGUGUACCCUCUCAAAGAUGCUAGCACCCAGUCGAAUAGGGAGGGCAGCACUCGAGUACCCAAGCCCCAGAUUUACAUAGCUGGUCUUCGAGGGGGACGAAGCAAAACUACCCAUGCAGUCAAGGUGAACCUAACAAGAGCUGUUGAUGAAACCUAGAGGAAGACCAUAUUUUUGAAAAUGUUACCCAAUUUUGAACAAUGACAAAUACCUAAAAGUAUUUUUACCUCCAUGAAAAUUAAUUUUGUAGAAGGUGGCACAUGCUAAUGCUACAACAAACUAGAAGUUA